AGGACAAUUACCAUCAGACGGAAUGCGACCGAUUCGCCCUGCCUGAGUUCGUCCGGUAUAAAGACGUGGUGCGACCACCCUGUGUAUAUUUUUCCUCUUCAAAGGUGUGUGCCCCCUGCCCGUCGGCCACCACGGCCCUCACCUGUGUGUUGCGGUGCUUCCCCUGCGAGCCGACCUGGGCCGGCAGCCCCUUCCUGCACCGCCCGCCGACCCCGCCCAUGGUCACCAUGACGCGCUCCAAGACCUUCCAGGCCUACCUGCCCAGCUGCCACCGAACCUACAGCUGCAUACACUGCCGAGCUCACCUGGCCAACCACGACGAGCUCAUCUCCAAGUCCUUUCAAGGGAGUCAAGGUAGAGCUUAUCUGUUCAACUCGGUGGUGAAUGUAGGCUGUGGGCCAGCGGAGGAGAGGGUGCUGCUCACAGGGCUCCACGCUGUAGCAGACAUCUACUGUGAGAACUGCAAGACCACGCUGGGCUGGAAAUACGAGCAUGCCUUCGAGAGCAGUCAGAAGUAUAAGGAGGGGAAGUUCAUCAUCGAGCUGGCCCACAUGAUCAAGGACAACGGCUGGGAUUAAAAAACAUGCACGCCGUGACGUGAGGAGCAGUCUUCAAUUCGGGUGGGGGAGGGGGAAAGGGUCAGAGAUAUAAUACAAAAACAAAAACAAAAAAACGAAAACGAAACAAAAACAAACAAACAAACAAACAAAACAGAAGGGAUGAUGGGAGUUCUAAAUGGCGGAUGUGUGGGUGAAUGUGUGAACUUUUGGUUGUUCAUUAUUGCCCCCCUCCCCCCUCUGUCCUGCCCUUGCUCUGCCCUUGCCCUCUCCACUAUUUUCACCCUUCUAACCCUGCCAAAAAACACACACACACACGCAAGCAGAAACACACACUUGUAAACUCACACUCGCACCCUACCCCCACCAGGAUAAGUCGGAUGUGCCGUGGUGUUAUUAGGUGUGUGUGAGAGGGUUGAAAGCGUUUCAGGUUGCCCCCUAGUUCAGGAGGGCACGUGACUGUUGCAGUACCUCAGUUUUGCACACUCAAUAAGAGACAGACAUAUACAGACAGACAAAAUGUGUGAAAUGUACACAAAUGUACACAUAAGUACACAUAAGCUGUCAAACACACACA